UGGAACUUGGCUUUAGUGCACGGCUCACAGACUGCUUACCAUGCUGUGCCGAGAGCUCUUUCUCUCUCUCUCUCUCUCUCAGACACACACACCGAGCACACAGUCGGAGUCUCAUUUUCAGUCGGAGAAGAAUGGAGGCAGGCAUCUUUUGUGCUCUCGUCUCUCUCUCACACAUAGCUUUCCUAUUGUUGAGCUGCCCUUGACUCCCCAUUUUCCUCUCCUCAUCUCUCUCUUUCUCUGCGUGCCGGUGAGUCUGUGAUGGUGGCCCCGGUGAAGAGUCAUGUGAGCAGAUGUCCCAUGAUGCUCGUUGGCCCCUUGCUGUCAUUAGGGCUGCCCAAUCAGCUGUCACUCAGGCCAGCUUCCAAUUCUCUCCAUCUCUCUCUUUCUCACUAUCUCUCUCAUUUUCUCUCUGUCUCUUUCUCACUAUCUCUCUCAUUUUCUCUCUCUCUCUUUAUCUCUCGCAUGAAAUUCAGCAAUUGGCCAGCAUUUCACUCUCACCCCCCCCUCCAUCUUCCGCUCUCUUUCCCCUCUUCCCCCUCCCUUUCUGUCUUUCUCUUUCCCCUCCUUCCCUCACUAUAUGGCUGUGUUGUCGCCUGGAGGGAGUUCAUUCUGCCCUCCUCCUCUCCUCCUCUCCUCCUCGUCUCCGUGUUGGCUCUGAGUGAGAGGAAGAGAAAAAGGGAAGAGGAAAGAAGAGAGACAGACUGAGAUCACCAGGCAGCAGGCGGAGGAAGAAACCGCGCUCUACUCUGAUCAUUUGUCUUGGGAUGGAGGGAUAAAAGACAAUCCCAGGAAUCAUUCUGUCGUUCUUUUCCUCCGCAGGAUUACACCUCGUUUACCGUCUCUGUUUAAUCCUCCCUGAGCUCAGACACUUCUGGACUGUUUCUUCAGCUUCUGGUCUGUGUGCCCCGAGUGUGUGUGUGUGUGUGGCGUUAGUGUGUGUGUCACCUCCCGCUGUGCGGUGACAAAGAGGGAGUGUGUGACCCAGGGGGUCAGGGGAGAGAGCGAGGGGGUCGUGAGCGGGGUCGUGCCCAGGGACUUACUCUCACACCGCUCUCCGUCUGUGUGUGUGUGACUGUGUGUGACUGUGUGUGUGUGUGUGUGUGUGUGUGUGUGUGUGUGUGUGUGUGUGUGUGUGUGUGUGUGUGUGUGUGUGUGUGUGUGUGUGUGUGUGUGAGAGUGACUCUGUGUUUGUGUGUCCUAGCCGGCUGGGCGGUCCCAGCAUCACGCUCCGUUAGCUAGGACCAGAGAGUCGGGAUGACAGGCUGAGUCCCAGCCUAGCCUCCCCACACUUAGAGCCUCCUUGCUGAGUGGCACCGAGGGCACAGCCCCCCUCUACCACCACACUCCUCCAGGACAGGACUGCUGCCCUGAUCCCCAUACCACAUUCUCUUCUAUCUACAUGACUCUAACCAUGUUUGGACUAAAAGCACCGCUCUACUACUUGCCAGGCAUGAGCCAUGAGCCAAAGUCACCUUCCUUAGGAAUGAUAUCCACGGCAACUCGCACCACGGCGACGGUCAGCCCCCUCACCCCAUCGCCCCUUAACGGAUCUAUCGUAGCCAAUGGGAGCCCGGCGGCCCAGUCCGCACACUCCGGAUUCGCCGCCGCCCUCCGUAAACUGGCCAAACAGGCCGAGGAUCCUCGAGCUGGCUCGUCCAUCAGUAGUGAGUCGUCUCCGGUCUCGUCCCCAGCCACCAACCACAGUUCUCCGGUGAGCACACCCAAGAGAGGCCCCCUGGGCCCAGGGCCUGUCCUGGUGCCACCUGGGGGCCACAGUGUGCCAAGCACCCCGCCCGUCGUCACCAUCGCCCCCACCAAGACCAGCAACGGCCUCUGGAGAAGCGAGGCACGCCAGGUGAGACUAGACACACACAGAGACAGACAACACACACAGAGACAGACAAACACACACAGAGACAGACAACACACACAGAGACAGACAAACACACACAGAGACAGACAACAGACACAGAGACAGACAAUACACACAGAGACAGACACUUGCUCUGGCUGUCUCCCCUCCUCUCUCUGUCAUCUUUCUCUUUUCACAUCUUGUUGCCUGUUGCGUCUUUUGUGUUUUCAACCACUCUAUAUUUCAUCCAUCUUUCAGCCCAGUCAAAGCAAUGUUUCAACCUCUGUCCCUGGAGAGAGAUCUAGUACAAGAGGCUGCCUACACACACACACACGCACACACACGGACGCACGCGCGCACACACACACACACACACACACACACACACACACACACACACACACACACACACACACACACACACAUAAUGAUCUCAAGGGAUUAGAGGAUUUCUAGGCUGGCCUGUAACCCAUGGCGUGGCAAAAUGUAUGUGACAUAUGUACAUGUGACAUAGCUGGCGGCUCUGCGAAUGCCGCCUCCCCUCUCCUCUCACCCGCCUCUCCUCACCCUCCUCCCCCCUCUUCUCACCCUCCUCUCUCUGUGUGUUAAACAAUGCCAGCUGCCACCAGGCCACCGAGGUGACAGUCUUAACGGCAGCCAACAUCUGUGCCCCCUCGAGCCCCCCCCGCGCCGGUCCUAUUUUAUAACCUCCGACCCCAGACCUAUCCUCAGCCCUAGCUUUAUAACCACAGCUCCAGCCUCAUUCUAACCCCCAGUCCCAGCCCAGUCCAAGCCUUGUUCCAGGCCCAGCCCAGUCCAAGCCCUGUUCUAACCCCCAGCCCAGUCGAAGCCUUGUUCUAACCCCUAGUCCCAGCCCAAUCCAAGCCUUGUUCUAACCCCCAGUCCCAGCCCAGUACAAGCCUUGUUCUAACCCCCAGUCCAAGCCUUGUUCUAACCCACAGUCCCAGCCCAGCCCAAGCCUUGUUCUAACCCCCUGUCCCAGCCCAGUACAAGCCUUGUUCUAACCCCCAGUCCCAGCCCAGUCCAAGCCUUGUUCUAACCCCCAGUCCCAGUCCACACCUUGUUCUAACCCCCAAUCCCAGCCCAGUCCAAGCCUUGUUCUAACCCCCAGUCCAAGCCUUGUUCUAACCCCCAGUCCAAGCCUUGUUCUAACCUCCAGUCCCAGCCCAGUCCAAGCCUUGUUCUAACCCCCAGUCCCAGCCCAGUCCAAGCCUUGUUCUAACCCCCAGUCCCAGCCCAGUCCAAGCCUUGUUCUAACCCUCAGUCCCAGCCCAGUCCAAGCCUUGUUCUAACCCCCAGUCCCAGCCCAGUCCAAGCCUUGUUCUAACCCCCAGCCCAGUUUAAGCCUUGUUCUAACCCCCAGUCCCAGCCCAGUCCAAGCCUUGUUCUAACCCCCAGUCCCAGCCCAGUCCAAGCCUUGUUCUAACCCCCAGCCCAGUUUACGCCUUGUUCUAACCCCCAGUCCCAGCCCAGUCCAAGCCUUCUUCUAACCUCCAGUCCCAGGCCAGUCCAAGCCUUGUUCUAAACCCCAGUCCCAGCCCAGUCCAAGCCUUGUUAUAACCCCCAGUCCAAGCCUUGUUCUAACCCGCAGUCCCAGCCCAGUUUAAGCCUUGUUCUAAACCCCAGUCCCAGCCCAGUCCAAGCCUUGUUCUAACCUCCAGUCCCAGCCCAGUCCAAGCCUUGUUAUAACCCCCCAGUCCCAGCCCAGUGCAAGCCUUGUUCUAGCCCCAGUCCCAACUCAGUCCAAGCCUUGUGCUAACCCUCAGUCCCAGCCCAGUUUAAGCCAUGUUCUAACCCUCAGUCCCAGCCCAGUUUAAGCCGUGUUCUAACCCCCAGUCCCAGCCCAGUCCAAGCCUUGUUCUAACCUCCAGUCCCAGCCCAAGCCUUGUUCCCACCCCUCCAACCCCUCUGGGCCUCAGCAGUCAAGUGUGUCCCCUGCCCAUCUGCCCCCCUUCCCCUCGCGCUGACUGACCCAGUGUGUGUGUGGGUGUGUGUGUGUGUAGCUGCUAGCUUUGAUAAGGAGUGGAUUAUGGAUUAUGAGGAGAUGAGGAGGAGCAGCACAGAACUCCUCAAUACUCCCUGUGCAACACUCCUCAACACUCCUCAACACUCCCUGUGCAACACUCCUCAACACUCCCUGUGCAACACUCCUCAACACUCCUCAACACUUCUCAACACUCCCUGUGCAACACUCCUCAACACUCCACAACACUCCCCGUGCAACACUCCUCAACACUCCUCAACACUCCCUGUGCAACACUCCUCAACACUCCUCAACACUUCUCAACACUCCCUGUGCAACACUUCUCAAAACACCUUAACACUCCUCAACACUCCCUGUGCAACACUCCUCAACACUCCUCAACACUCCAUGAGCAACACUCCUCAACACUCCUCAACACUUCUCAACACUCCCUGUGCAACACUUCUCAACGCUCCUCAACACUUCUCAACACUCCCUGUGCAACACUCCUCAACACUCCUCAACACUUCUCAACACUCCCUAUGCAACACUCCUAAAACACUCCUCAACACUUCUCAACACUCCCUAUGCAACACUCGUAAAACACUCCCUAUGCAACACUCCUAAAACACUCCCUAUGCAACACUCCCUAUGCAACACUUCUCAACACUCCCUAUGCAACACUCCUCAACACUUCUCAACACUCCCUAUGCAACACUCCUAAAGCACUCCCUAUGCAACACUCCUCAACACUCCCUAUGCAACACUCCUCAACACUCCUCAACACUCCCUAUGCAACACUCAUAAAACACUCCCUAUGCAACACUCCCUAUACAAAACUCCUCAACACUUCUCAACACUUCUCAACACUUCUCAACACUCCCUAUGCAACACUCCUCAACACUUCUCAACACUCCUCAACACUCCUAAAACACUCCCGAUGCAACACUCCUAAAACACUCCCUAUGCAACACUUCUCAACACUCCCUAUGCAACACUCAUAAAACACUCCCUAUGCAACACUUCUAAAAAACUCCCUAUGCAACACUCCUCAACACUCCCUAUGCAACACUCCUCAACGCUCCCUAUGCAACACUUCUCAACACUCCCUAGGCAACACUCCUAAAACACUCCCUAGGCAACACUCCUCAACACUCCCUAUGCAACACUUCUCAACACUCCCUAUGCAACACUCCUCAAUGCUCCCUAUGCAACACUCCUCAACACUCCUCAACACUUCUCAACACUCCCUGUGCAACACUUCUCAAAACUCCUCAACACUCCUCAACACUCCCUGUGCAACACUCCUCAACACUCCUCAACACUCCCUGUGCAACACUCCUCAACACUCCUCAACACUCCCUAUGCAACACUCCUCAACACUUCUCAACACUCCUCAACACUUCUCAACACUCCCUGUGCAACACUUCUCAAAACUCCUCAACACUCCUCAACACUCCCUGUGCAACACUCCUCAACACUCCUCAACACUCCAUGUGCAACACUCCUCAACACUCCUCAACACUUCUCAAAACUCCCUGUGCAACACUUCUCAACACUCCUCAACACUUCUCAACACUCCCUGUGCAACACUCCUCAACACUCCUCAACACUUCUCAACACUCCCUAUGCAACACUCCUAAAACACUCCUCAACACUUCUCAACACUCCCUAUGCAACACUCCUUAAACACUCCCUAUGCAACAGUCCGAAAACACUCCCUAUGCAACACUCCCUAUGCAACACUUCUCAACACUCCCUAUGCAACACUCCUCAACACUUCUCAACACUCCCUAUGCAACACUCCUAAAACACUCCCUAUGCAACACUCCUCAACACUCCCUAUGCAACACUCCUCAACACUCCUCAACACUUCUCAACACUCCCUAUGCAACACUCAUAAAACACUCCCUAUGCAACACCCCCUUGCAACACUCCUCAACACGUCUCAACACUUCUCAACACUUCUCAACACUCCCUAUGCAACACUCCUCAACACUUCUCAACACUUCUCAACACUCCUCAACACUCCUAAAACACUCCCUAUGCAACACUCCUAAAACACUCCCUAUGCAACACUUCUCAACACUCCCUAUGCAACACUCCUAAAACACUCCCUAUGCAACACUUCUAAAACACUCCCUAUGCAACACUCCUCAACACUCCCUAUGCAACACUCCUCAACGCUCCCUAUGCAUCACUUCUCAACACUCCCUAGGCAACACUCCUCAACACUCCCUAUGCAACACUCCUCAACACUCCCUGUGCAACACUCCUCAACACUCCUCAACACUCCCUAUGCAACACUCCUCAACACUUCUCAACACUCCUCAACACUUCUCAACACUCCCUGUGCAACACUUCUCAAAACUCCUCAACACUCCUCAACACUCCCUGUGCAACACUCCUCAACACUCCUGAACACUCCAUGUGCAACACUCCUCAACACUCCUCAACACUUCUCAAAACUCCCUGUGCAACACUUCUCAACACUCCUCAACACUUCUCAACACUCCCUGUGCAACACUCCUCAACACUCCUCAACACUUCUCAACACUCCCUAUGCAACACUCCUAAAACACUCCUCAACACUUCUCAACACUCCCUAUGCAACACUCCUUAAACACUCCCUAUGCAACAGUCCGAAAACACUCCCUAUGCAACACUCCCUAUGCAACACUUCUCAACACUCCCUAUGCAACACUCCUCAACACUUCUCAACACUCCCUAUGCAACACUCAUAAAACACUCCCUAUGCAACACCCCCUUGCAACACUCCUCAACACGUCUCAACACUUCUCAACACUUCUCAACACUCCCUAUGCAACACUCCUCAACACUUCUCAACACUUCUCAACACUCCUCAACACUCCUAAAACACUCCCUAUGCAACACUCCUAAAACACUCCCUAUGCAACACUUCUCAACACUCCCUAUGCAACACUCCUAAAACACUCCCUAUGCAACACUUCUAAAACACUCCCUAUGCAACACUCCUCAACACUCCCUAUGCAACACUCCUCAACGCUCCCUAUGCAUCACUUCUCAACACUACCUAGGCAACACUCCUAAAACACUCCCUAGGCAACACUCCUCAACACUCCCUAUGCAACACUUCUCAACACUCCCUAUGCAACACUUCUAAAACACUCCCUAUGCAACACUUCUCAACACUCCCUAUGCAACACUUCUAAAACACUCCCUAUGCAACACUUCUCAACACUCCCUAUGCAACACUUCUAAAACACUCCCUAUGCAACACUCCUAAAACACUCCCUAUACAACACUUUUAAAACACUCCCUAUGCAACACUUCUAAAACACUCCCUAUGCAACACUUCUCAACACUCCCUAUGCAACACUUCUCAACACUCACUAUGCAACACUCCUAAAACACUCCCUAUGCAACACUUCUCAACACUCCCUAUGCAACACUCCUAAAACACUCCUCAACACUUCUCAACACUCCCUGUGCAACACUUCUCAAAACUCCUCAACACUCCUCAACACUCCCUGUGCAACACUCCUCAACACUCCUCAACACUCCCUAUGCAACACUCCUCAACACUCCUCAACACUUCUCAACACUCCCUGUGCAACACUUCUCAAAACUCCUCAACACUCCUCAACACUCCCUGUGCAACACUCCUCAACACUCCAUGUGCAACACUCCUCAACACUCCUCAACACUUCUCAAAACUCCCUGUGCAACACUCCUCAACACUUCUCAACACUCCCUGUGCAACACUCCUCAACACUCCUCAACACUUCUCAACACUCCCUAUGCAACACUCCUAAAACACUCCUCAACACUUCUCAACACUCCCUAUGCAACACUACUUAAACACUCCCUAUGCAACAGUCCGAAAACACUCCCUAUGCAACACUCCCUAUGCAACACUUCUCAACACUCCCUAUGCAACACUCCUCAACACUUCUCAACACUCCCUAUGCAACACUCCUAAAACACUCCCUAUGCAACACUCCUCAACACUCCCUAUGCAACACUCCUCAACACUCCUCAACACUUCUCAACACUCCCUAUGCAACACUCAUAAAACACUCCCUAUGCAACACCCCCUUGCAACACUCCUCAACACGUCUCAACACUUCUCAACACUUCUCAACACUCCCUAUGCAACACUCCUCAACACUUCUCAACACUUCUCAACACUCCUCAACACUCCUAAAUCACUCCCUAUGCAACACUCCUAAAACACUCCCUAUGCAACACUUCUCAACACUCCCUAUGCAACACUCCUAAAACACUCCCUAUGCAACACUUCUAAAACACUCCCUAUGCAACACUCCUCAACACUCCCUAUGCAACACUCCUCAACGCUCCCUAUGCAUCACUUCUCAACACUCCCUAGGCAACACUCCUCAACACUCCCUAUGCAACACUCCUCAACACUCCCUGUGCAACACUCCUCAACACUUCUCAACACUCCUCAACACUUCUCAAAACUCCUCAACACUCCUCAACACUCCCUGUGCAACACUCCUCAACACUCCUCAACACUCCAUGUGCAACACUCCUCAACACUCCUCAACACUUCUCAAAACUCCCUGUGCAACACUUCUCAACACUCCUCAACACUUCUCAACACUCCCUGUGCAACACUCCUCAACACUUCUCAACACUCCCUAUGCAACACUCCUAAAACACUCCUCAACACUUCUCAACACUCCCUAUGCAACACUCCUUAAACACUCCCUAUGCAACAGUCCGAAAACACUCCCUAUGCAACACUCCCUAUGCAACACUUCUCAACACUCCCUAUGCAACACUCCUCAACACUUCUCAACACUCCCUAUGCAACACUCAUAAAACACUCCCUAUGCAACACCCCCUUGCAACACUCCUCAACACGUCUCAACACUUCUCAACACUUCUCAACACUCCCUAUGCAACACUCCUCAACACUUCUCAACACUUCUCAACACUCCUCAACACUCCUAAAACACUCCCUAUGCAACACUCCUAAAACACUCCCUAUGCAACACUUCUCAACACUCCCUAUGCAACACUCCUCAACACUCCCUAUGCAACACUCCUCAACGCUCCCUAUGCAUCACUUCUCAACACUCCCUAGGCAACACUCCUAAAACACUCCCUAGGCAACACUCCUCAACACUCCCUAUGCAACACUUCUCAACACUCCCUAUGCAACACUUCUAAAACACUCCCUAUGCAACACUUCUAAAACACUCCCUAUGCAACACUUCUCAACACUCACUAUGCAACACUCCUAAAACACUCCCUAUGAAACACUUCUAAAACACUCCCUAUGCAACACUCCUAAAACACUCUUUAUGCAACACUCCUCAACACUUCUCAACACUCCCUAUGCAACACUCCUAAAACACUCCCUUGCAACACUCCUAAAACACUCCCUAUGCAACACCCCUCAACACUCCUCAACACUCCUCAACACUCCCUUUACAACACUCCUCAACACUUCUCAACACUCUUCAACACUCCCUAUACAACACUCAUCAACACUUCUCAACACUCCUCAACACUCCCUAUGCAACACUCCUCAACACUCCCUAUGCAACACUCCUAAAACACUCCCUAUGCAACACUCCUAAAACACUCCCUAUGCAACACUUCUAAAACACUCCCUAUGCAACACUCCUAAAACACUCCCUAUGCAACACUCCACAACACUCCCUAUGCAACACUCCUAAAACACUCCCUAUGCAACACUUCUCAACAUUCCCUAUGCAACACUUCUCAACACUCCCUUUGCAACACUUCUCAACACUCCCUAUGCAACACUCCUAAAACACUCCCUAUGCAACACUCCUAAAACACUCCCUAUGCAACACUUCUCAACACUCCCUAUGCAACACUCCUAAAACACUCCCUGUGCAACACUUCUCAACACUCCCUAUGCAACACUUCUAAAACACUCCCUAUGCAACACUCCUAAAACACUCCCUAUGCAACACUUCUCAACACUCCCUAUGCAACACUCCUAAAACACUCCCUAUGCAACACUCCUCAACACUUCUCAACACUCCUAAAACACUCCCUAUGCAACACUCCUAAAACACUCCCUAUGCAACACUCCUAAAACACUCCCUAUGCAACACUCCUAAAACACUCCCUAUGCAACACUCCACAACACUCCCUAUGCAACACUCCUAAAACACUCCCUAUGCAACACUCCUAAAACACUCCCUAUGCAACACUUCUCAACACUCCCUAUGCAACACUUCUCAACACUCCCUAUGCAACACUCCUAAAACACUCCCUAUGCAACACCCCUCAACACUUCUCAACACUCCUAAAACACUCCCUAUGCAACACUCCUCAACACUUCUCAACACUCCUAAAACACUCCCUAUGCAACACUCCUAAAACACUCCCUAUGCAACACUCCUAAAACACUCCCUAUGCAACACUCCUAAAGCACUCCCUAUGCAACACUCCACAACACUCCCUAUGCAACACCCCUAAAACACUCCCUAUGCAACACUCCUAAAACACUCCCUAUGCAACACUUCUCAACACUCCCUAUGCAACACUUCUCAACACUCCCUAUGCAACACUCCUAAAACACUCCCUAUGCAACACUCCUCAACACUUCUCAACACUCCUAAAACACUCCCUAUACAACACUCCUCAACACUUCUCAACACUCCUCAACACUCCCUAUGCGACACUCAACACUCCUCAACACUUCUCAACACUCCCUAUGCAACACUCCUCAACACUUCUCAGCACUCCCUAUGAAACACUCCUCAACAGUCCUCACCACUCCCUAUACAACACUCCUCAACACUUCUCGAUACUCCUCAACACUCCCUAUGUGACACUUCUCAACACUCCUCAACACUCCCUAUGUGACACCCCUCAACAGUCCUCAACACUCCCUAUACAACACUCCUCAACACUUCUCAAUACUCCUCAACACUCCCUAUACAACACUCCUCAACACUCCCUAUGUGACACUUCUCAACACUCCUCAACACUCCCUAUGUGACACUUCUCAACACUCUUCAACACUCCCUAUACAACACUCAUCAACACUUCUCAACACUCCUCAACACUCCCUAUGCAACACUCCUCAACACUCCCUAUGCAACACUCCUAAAACACUCCCUAUGCAACACUCCUAAAACACUCCCUAUGCAACACUUCUAAAACACUCCCUAUGCAACACUCCUAAAACACUCCCUAUGCAACACUCCACAACACUCCCUAUGCAACACUCCUAAAACACUCCCUAUGCAACACUCCUAAAACACUCCCUAUGCAACACUCCUAAAACACUCCCUAUGCAACACUCCUAAAACACUCCCUAUGCAACACUCCACAACACUCCCUAUGCAACACUCCUAAAACACUCCCUAUGCAACACUCCUAAAACACUCCCUAUGCAACACUUCUCAACACUCCCUAUGCAACACUUCUCAACACUCCCUAUGCAACACUCCUAAAACACUCCCUAUGCAACACCCCUCAACACUUCUCAACACUCCUAAAACACUCCCUAUGCAACACUCCUAAAACACUCCCUAUGCAACACUCCUCAACACUUCUCAACACUCCUAAAACACUCCCUAUGCAACACUCCUAAAACACUCCCUAUGCAACACUCCUAAAACACUCCCUAUGCAACACUCCUAAAGCACUCCCUAUGCAACACUCCACAACACUCCCUAUGCAACACCCCUAAAACACUCCCUAUGCAACACUCCUAAAACACUCCCUAUGCAACACUUCUCAACACUCCCUAUGCAACACUUCUCAACACUCCCUAUGCAACACUCCUAAAACACUCCCUAUGCAACACUCCUCAACACUUCUCAACACUCCUAAAACACUCCCUAUACAACACUCCUCAACACUUCUCAACACUCCUCAACACUCCCUAUGCGACACUCAACACUCCUCAACACUUCUCAACACUCCCUAUGCAACACUCCUCAACACUUCUCAACACUCCCUAUGAAACACUCCUCAACAGUCCUCACCACUCCCUAUACAACACUCCUCAACACUUCUCGAUACUCCUCAACACUCCCUAUGUGACACUUCUCAACACUCCUCAACACUCCCUAUGUGACACCCCUCAACAGUCCUCAACACUCCCUAUACAACACUCCUCAACACUUCUCAAUACUCCUCAACACUCCCUAUACAACACUCCUCAACACUCCCUAUGUGACACUUCUCAACACUCCUCAACACUCCCUAUGUGACACUUCUCAACACUCCUCAACACUCCCUGUGCAACACUCCUCAACAUUCCUCAACACUCCUCAACACUUCUCAACACUCCUCAGCAACACUCUCGCAACACUCUACAGAUGUUGAAUGUCUCCCUGGAGACUGAGGAAGUGGGGAGAGGAGGAUGGAGGAGAGAGAGUGAGGGGUGAUGGGGUUCAGAGAUAGGGGGUCAGCUCGCCCCUCUGUAUGGGAGCGUCCCAGCCCAUUGUCCCCCUGCCAUCUCGGCCCUAUGAUCUUGCACCCUCCCACCCCGCCCAUGUCCCCCUUCACCUCAAGCAUAGCGCAUUAGCCAGAGGGUUAGCCAGAGCCCCUAUGGGUGGGAGGGGAGGGAGCAGUGAUGUCAUCCUGUCACAACCCUGUCAUCACCUUCCUUGCCUUAGAGGGGUGAGCAGAGAGAGAGAAAGGGAUAGUGAUAGGCAGAGAGAGGCACAGACCUUCUGCCCCCACACACACUGACACACACAAUGACACACACUCAUAUACAUUAUCUCCAUCACAGAGUCACACUCACCCUGUUUAUCUUUGGGGUGAAGUGGCUCCAGCUAGCUCUUGAGAUGCACUCUGUUCCAGUGUAUGUGUGUGUGUAUGUAUACGUGUGUCAGUGUGUGUGUGUGUGUGUGUGUGUGUGUGUGUGUGUGUGUGUGUGUGUGUGUGUGUGUGUGUGUGUGUGUGUGUGUGUGUGUGUGUGUGUGUGUGUGUGUGUGUGUGUGUGUGUGUGUGUGUGUGUGUGUGUGUGUGUGUGUGUGUGUGUGUGCAGGGUCAUGCUGGGAGAGAGAAGGUUGUGUUGGGGGGUUUCCAGUGCCUCUGACAGCUCGAGGCCAC